GUAGACACACAGUUAUCAGUGGGCUAUCAGCGGAAAGUUCUACUCUGCUCCAGACCUCCGCCGCAGCAGCUCGAAAUAAUAAAAUCCGUUGCUAGCCAUGAUUACGAUUAAAUGUAAAGACACCAAUCUCGAUCCCCUGCCAGUCAAGAUCGGCAUUAUUGGCGGUUCCGGCUUGGAUGACCCUGAUAUUUUGGAACAGCGCACAGAACGGCCAGUGGAAACUCCGUAUGGUGAUCCUUCAGAUGCACUUAUUGAGGGCGAAAUCAAUGGAGUUCAGUGUGUUCUCCUGGCGCGACAUGGUCGCAAACACGACAUCAUGCCCUCAAAUGUGAAUUAUCGAGCUAAUAUCUGGGCUCUGCGCGAGGUAGGCUGCACCCAUUUGAUUGUGUCCACCGCAUGCGGUUCCCUGCGCGAGGAAAUCCAGCCGGGGAACCUUGUUGUUCCUCACGAUUUCAUCGACCGCACCACAAAGCGACUGCAAACAUUCUACGACGGCUCUUCGGAUAGUCCACGUGGUGUUUGCCACCUGCCCAUGUACCCGGCCUUCAGUGACCGAGUCCGCAACGUUCUCCUUGAAGCAGCCAAAGAGCUAGAGAUUCCAGCUCACGAAAAAGGGACCAUUGUGACGAUUGAGGGCCCACGAUUCUCCUCUCGCUCUGAGAGCAACAUGUUCCGACUGUGGGGAGGUGACCUUAUCAAUAUGACCACCUGUCCGGAGGUUGUGUUAGCCAAGGAGGCAGGGUUACUCUAUGGAUCGGUGGCUAUUGCCACGGACUACGAUUGCUGGCGCAUGGGAUGCGAGGGUGUCAAUGUACAGGAUGUUUUGAAGACUUUCGCCGAGAACGUAAUCAAGGUGAAGAAGAUCCUAGUCAACGCCGUGGACCGCAUUGCCAAGGAGGAUUGGUCAGAGGACAUUCUCAAUGCCAAGCAAUGCGUUUGCAACAAUACAAUGUCUGGAUCCAUGUGACGUUUCAUAAAGCUUUGCCACGAAAUCACCGAAGAGACGCUAGACCGUCGACGACCAUUCGUGCCGCCAUUUUUUAAACAGUUCCAUCGAAAGCGAGCCCCCAAAGUCCACUCCAUUUCCAUUACGUACGAACUGGAGCCGGAGCACAAAGAACAGCCGGUGAAAACACGGUUCAAAUGUGAAACUGUAACAUCCGCCACAGAAUUGCAUUAAAAAUAUAUGUGUAGCUUAACUACGUUUCCUUAAAAAAUGUGCCGCAUAUUCCUUAAAUAACUUUUAUAAGACAUUUAGCGACAUUUAAAGGUUCACAUUUAUAUAAUUA